AUGAAGCUAAAAAGCCAUCCAUUCGAGGUGUUCUCAUUUGUAGUCAUCGUUGUGUUACUCUGCAAUUCAGAUGCUUUAUUUAAGUUUAAGAACAUCAAGUGUACUUGCUAUGAAAAAUCAUUCUGUGAAGUUAAGCGUUGUGAAUUGAAGGUUUUAGGUCGCGGAAUUAUAGGACUUUUCCUAUAUGCCCAAGCCAAUCAGCUACCAAUUUCUACAGCAACGUGUGUUUUAACCUUGUAUAGAAGGUUCAAUGGCUAUAGACCUUUCCUGUAUAAUAUCACAGUAGAUGUUUGUUACUUUCUGAAAAACCAAAACCGUUAUCCAUUCUUUGGUUUGGUUUACGAGGGAAUAAAUAACUUCAGCAACAUAAAUCACACGUGUCCCUACAAUCAUGACAUAAUAGUUGAUCGAAUGGUUUUGGAUGACAAAAUGAUUGCCAAAGUUCCAGUGCCAAGUGGGUUCUACAAACUCAAGUUUUACCUGAGAACAGAUGGAGUUUCGCGGGGCGAGGUUGAAGUUCAAGUAGAAGUUAAUUUGGGAUAUGAUCGAUGA